CUCAAACUAUGUGGUUCGAGCGAGCAAGUUUGUGCAGCUAGCUGGUUCAGGUGCAUGAAAUAGGGCCCGCAAAAGAAGCACUAUCUGAAAACCAACCAACCUUUAUGUUAUAGUGCCAUUGCCCCCCCUUAGCUCUUUGGAUCCUAUCCCAUUUUCCCCCUUUCUCUCCCCCUCAGAUAUAUUACACAUCACAUAUAUCUAUAUAUGUUUCUUGAUCUCCCUUUCUUCUUCUAUAAAUAGAAAGGACUUGAAACUAACACACACUGUAGUGAUCUCCCCCAACUGUUGAGCACUCACACACACAAAUUCCAUUCAAUCUUAUUUGCUUCCUCGAUCAGCUCUCUCCCUUGAUCGAUCAGUAGCGCUUAAUCCUCUACAGAAAGAGAUAGAAUUCAAUUAUAUAUACAUAUAUAUCUUGGAUCAUUAUAUAUAUAUAUAUAUAUUAGAGAGAGAUGUCAAGUGGCAGCUGCAUAGAUGUAGCAGCAGCAGCAGCAGCUUCUGAGCAACUAUGUUACAUCCCUUGUAACUUUUGCAAUAUCGUUCUUGCGGUGAGUGUACCAUGCAGCAGCUUGUUUGAAAUAGUGACAGUAAGAUGUGGACACUGUACCAAUAUGUGGUCUGUGAAUAUGGGCAUGGCUGCUGCUGCUGCUGCUGCCUUUCCUUCCAAUUCCACCUCCCUAGACUACUCUUCUGUUUCUUCUACUCAUCACAAUUCCCAGAAGGCUCCUAUGCACACUCCUCCAAAUUAUAGGGUGGAUUUGGGAUCCUCUUCAAAGUACAACAGUAGAAUGCCAAUGAGGUCGUCUCCGGUCAUCACUAGUGACCCAAAAAUCAGUCGCCCUCCAGAAAAGAGGCAACGAGUUCCUUCUGCAUACAACCAGUUCAUAAAGGAGGAGAUCCAAAGGAUCAAGGCAAAUAAUCCAGAUAUCAGCCACAGAGAAGCUUUUAGUACUGCUGCAAAAAAUUGGGCACAUUUCCCUCACAUUCAUUUUGGAUUGAUGUUGGAAGCAAACAAUCACCAAUCUAAACUUGAUGAGGUGAGUUGCGUGCAAGGUUCUGAAAAAAGAUUAAGAUCGAGGGCGGCAUUAUUCAAGAAAUAAUGAAUCAAUUAAGCUUUACUACUUAAGAAGACAUAUAAAGCAAAUCCUCUUAUAUAUAUAUAUAUAUAUAUAUUUAUAUUUGAGCUAAGAAAUUAAAUCAUGGCCUUAUAUUAACUUGUUUUUAAGGAUAUAAAGUAGUGUUUGGCUGCUUCUUCUUUCUUUUUAUAAAAUUGUAAUUUACAAUCAUGCAUAUGAGUGAUGAUGCUAUUUGUGUAUUUUGAUUUGUUGUCAAAGUAGGAGUAGCUAGCUAGGCUACUUUGGGUAGCCUUCAAAUUAAUUUCCCAAUAAAAUCUUCCAAGUAUAUUAUUGUA